CCAACAUGGUUUAUGACACAUAGCAAUAAUCGACAUGGCCAAGUUUGACGAUUUAAAAAAUAUUAAUAAAAACACGGAGGUUUACAUCAUUGCCUUCAGAUUACAUUUGUGUCUUAACAUUCAACACCGAAAACAAAACAAAAAACGAUAAAAAUGGGAGGAUUAAUGGCAAAAUUAAAAGAUGCCUUAUCUGAAUUUACUGGUUCCAAUCCUGCCAGAGUGCUAAUGUUAGGAUUAGAUGCUGCAGGUAAAACCACGAUUCUUUACAAAAUUAAACUGAACGAAACCGUAGCAACAAUACCAACGAUAGGUUUUAAUGUCGAAACAGUAAAUCCCUGUAAAGGAGUUAGUUUUACUGUAUGGGAUGUGGGAGGUCAAGACAGAAUCAGACCAUUAUGGAGACAUUACUUCCAAAACACUGAAGGUCUGUUGUUCAUAAUUGAUAGUAAUGAUAGAGAGAGGAUGGCAGAAGCUAGAGAAGAAUUAAUGGGAAUAUUACAGAAUGAUGAGAUGAGACAUGUCCCAUUGGUUGUUGUGGCUAAUAAGCAGGAUCUCCCUAAUGCACUUAGUCCAUCACAAGUAGCAGAAGGUUUACAUUUACACAAACUGACAGGCCAUAAAUGGUUUAUACAUGGAUCAUGUGCAUCAACAGGAGAAGGCAUUUAUGAAAGUUUAAAAGAAAUGGCACAUUUAGUGAAAGAACAUAAAAAGUCAUCAAAAUGAUGAAAAAAAAUAUGUUAUUGUUUCACAGUUAAUUUCAAACCAAAAGCAAUACAGCUAAUUGGUAUGAGGCAUGGGAAGGUUCCUCACGAACGAGCUAUUAUGCAGAUUAAGAACGUGAUUUUAUCUACUUGUACGGAUGUUGAUAUUUUUGUACAAAUUACCAAUAUAAGCAUCAAAGAAAAAUGAUCAGAGAGUUCAGCACCAGUUUCAGUCAAACUAUUUUGUUUACUUUUUCAUUAUUCAAAAUGUUGUUACAUUGUUUUUUUACUUUUCAUUUAUGUCAUGUUAUAAUAAAAAUAUUUAAAAAAACA